CCAAUUAAUACCCAGAAUGCUUACCCUCUCAUAGUUACUACGUAAGUAAGAUCAUCUUCAUUGACAAUGGCUGAGCAAGAUCGCUUCGGUGGUUGGUUUGGUGGGAACAAAGCCGAUAAAGUACAAGAAAAGGCACAGCAAGCCAUUCCCAAAACCUCUGGUGCUGAGCAGGACAGAUAUGAACGUUCCUUUGGUGGCGACAAGCUAUCUUCUACCAGUCAAAUUAACGAAAGUCUCCCUCAAGUAUCGGGGGCUGAGCAGGAUCGAUACGGCCGCUGGUUUGGCGGAGACAAGCUUGGCGACAUUGAGAAGCAGCUUCCAAAAACCUCAGGAGCUGAGCAAGAUAGAUAUGAACAUUGGUUUGGUGGCCACAAACUUCCCACUAGACUUGACAUCGAGAAGAGACUUCCUAGGACUUCGGGAGCUGAGCAAGAUAGGUAUGAGCGUUGGUUCGGUAGACACGACGGGCCGCCUGCUACACAACUAAAGGGGAGCCUGCCUACGGGAUCUGGUGCAGAACAAGACCGUUACGGAGCCCACUUCGCGUCCAACCGCCAAGCCAAUGUCAGAUUUGUUGGCACGACCUCGACACUAGGCCUUGUUCAACAUGCAAUUCUUCCCUCCUUUGGAUUCCAUGGCGGUCUCAGCAUCAUUGCCUAUGGCGUAGGCCGUUACACUGACACUGUCGCAGCCAAAGAUUGGCUGUGGCCCAGCGGACAGGUCGCCAAUGCAUGGUGGAGUGCCAUCGGUGCUCCCGUCGUAUACGAAGGACUAUCCCUCUCGGAAGCAUGGGAUGCCCUAUCGUAUAACCAGAAGCUUCUCCUUGUCGGGGUCAGUGCUUGGGGUAUUCGCCUGUUUUACCGUGUUGCAUCGCGCACCCUUCGACGUGGCAAAGAUGACCCUCGUUACGAAACAUCAGCUAGAAAGAAACCGGAUUUCUGGAACAAGGCAUUCUUUACCAUGUUUCUCCCGGAAGCUCUCAUCCAGACGUUGAUCUCUCUACCUUUCACAUUGCCAUUCCGAGCUCCGAUUGCCAGUGCCCUAGCUGCGCCGUUCCCCGAAGCUAUUACCAUUUCUCAUAGCCUUGCUAUUUUCCUCUUCACGGCCGGGUAUUCCCUAGAAGCUCUAGCCGAUUCUCAACUGGAAGCCCACAGCCGUACUGCGAGUGCUGAACUCAAUCGUGAGGGCGUAUGGAGUAUUGUCCGCCAUCCAAACUACCUUGGUGAUGCUCUGUGCCAUUUAUCUUUCCCACUGCUCCUCUACAGUGCCGGACAACUCCACCCACUCACAAUCGUUGGACCCAUCGCCAACUACAUCUUCCUCCGUUUUAUUGGAGGAGAUAAGGAAAACGAGGAGAAUCAAGAAAAGCGCUACUCCAAAGGAAACCCUGUGAAGUACCAAGAGCUCCAACAAUACAAGCAGUCCAAGAACAGCUUUUGGCCCGGUUUGGGUGAAGUGAGUAAUAAGUGGGUAUGGGCCAUCGCCACAGCGGGGCUUGGCGGUGUCGUUCUCGAACGAUCCCUAAACAGUCUCCUAAGAUCUUAAAAUCGUAUUAUAGGUACGGAAGCCACAAAACCUCGUUUCUCUGUAUUCGUAUUUGUACUGCUACCCUUAUUCCAUAAAUACCUACCUUAGGGACCUACCUAGGUAGUUACCUAAUUAAAACAUUCCAGUUUACGUCCUUUGAAAUGCACGUACCUAG